AUGGCCUGCUUCUUCUGCCUUUUCGUCCUCACACCAGCAGGAACACACUUCACCAGCCCCACCGCCUGCCUGUUCCUCUUACCAGCAGGAACAUACCUCACCAGCCCCACCGCCUGCCUGGUCUGCUUACCAGCAGAGUCAUACGCCACCAGCCCCACCUCCUGCAUGGUCCUCUUACCAGCAGGGUCAUACGCCACCAGCCCCACCUCCUGUAUGGUCCUCUUACCAGCAGGGUCAUAUGACACCUACCACGUCUCCUGCCUGGUCCUCUUACCAGCAGGAACAUACCUCACCAGCCCCACCGCCUGCCUGGUCUGCUUACCAGCAGGGUCAUACGCCACCAGCCCCACCUCCUGCAUGGUCCUCUUACCAGCAGGGUCAUACGCCACCAGCCCCACCUCCUGUAUGGUCCUCUUACCAGCAGGGUCAUCUGCCACCUGCCACUUCUCCUGCCUUGUCCUCGCAACCGCAACUCAGCUAUACGCCAUCAGAUCAGUCUUCAGUCAUCUUUAA